ACAAAGGUCCACUUUUCGGCCUAAACAAAGGUCCACUUUUUGGCCAAAAAAAAAUUUACUCUCCAAAUGAAUCCGUUGUCACUCAUUACUUUCCACAUCUCUCUCCUCCAUGUCCUCCUCUCGUCCGCCGCUGCUGCUGGUUACAACGCCACAGACAUCAUACUCCUAGACUGCGGUGCAACUUCAAACUCUACAUCACAGGAUGGCCGCAACUGGGAGGCCGAUCCUCACUCUAAAUAUUGCCCCUUCAACGACCCAAACGCAUCGUUUUCUUCCAAUGCCUCACGCCAGGACCCCUCUGUUCUUCAAGUUCCCUACCACUCUGCACUUAUCAUUCGCUCUAAGUUCACCUUCAAAUUUCCAGUACUUCCUGGUCCAAAAUUCCUCCGUCUCUACUUCUACCCAGAAACAUACUCCGAUCUCGACACAACUACCUCCUUCUUCUCUGUCACCGCCAAUGGUUACACCCUCUUGAAUAAUUUCAGUGCUUCUUUGACGGUUCUCGCCAUGGAUCCUCGUCCAGCAUCCUUGAUCAAAGAGUAUGUUAUCCCGGUGUGGGACAACCAGAUGCUUAUUGUAACCUUUGCCCCAUCACCGGCCUCUUUUGCUUUUAUUAACGGCAUCGAAAUUGUUUCCAUGCCAAGCGUACUGUAUGCAUACGGUAGUGAAAUCCCACUCGUGUCUAUAGAGGGUGGCCGUUUCACUUUGGAUAACACCACUGCUCUCGAGACUAUGUACCGUCUCAAUGUUGGGGGAAAGCAAAUUGAGAACAAGGAUGAUACCGGAAUGUACCGGACGUGGCGUCAAGAUGACGAUUAUCUGGUUGCAUCAAAGUGGGUUACUGUCUAUAAGUUAUCCAGUUUUUCGAUUCAAUAUACUGAACCAGACACGCCAGAGUAUACUGCACCGAAAGAGGUUUACACUACCUUACGUAUCAUGGGCAGUGAUUCGUGGUUUAAUCUGAAAUCUAACUUGACCUGGAACUUCGCCAUCGAUGCAGGGUUCUAUUACCUUUUCAGGCUUCAUUUCUGUGAGCUCCUAGCUCAGGUCACCAAGCGAAAUCAACAUGUUUUCAACAUUUUCAUCAACAAUCAAACGGCAGAGAAGCAGGUAGAUGUAUUUUAUGAGGCCCAGGGCCCUCGGAUUCCAAUUCAUAAAGAUUAUAUUGUAUUGGUUGGGAACGAGGCACAAGCCAAGGAACUCCGCCUAGAUCUACAUCCUGAUCAAUCAUCAACAUACGCCGAUGCUUUCUUGAACGGCUUAGAGAUUUUCAAGUUGAAUCAAACUGCAGGUAGCCUAGCAGGGCCAAAUCCUGAUCUAGUCCCCAGAACUCAACCGCCCAAACUACAGCCAGGGAGUCGAAAAAGUGGUGAAAAAUCAACGAUUUUGCCUAUCGUUGGAGCUAUUCUCGGUGGUUUUGCUCUGUUUUCUCUCCUUCUGAUCUUCUUCAUUUUCCAAAGAAGAAGGAAACAGAAAGACUCACGGUCUUUCUCAUCAAAGUUCUCUGCCAAUAAAACCUCCUCGUUACCAUCCGAUCUCUGUCGUCACUUCUCAAUUGCCGAGAUCAAAGCUGCCACUCAAGAUUUCCACGAUCGAUUUAUGAUCGGAAGCGGUGGAUUUGGGAACGUUUACAAAGGGAUUAUUGAUGGUGGGACCACUGUUGUUGCAAUCAAACGGUUAAACCCGUCGUCAAGGCAAGGGGCCCACGAGUUCCACACCGAAAUCACUAUGCUCUCAAAGCUUCGACACAUUCAUCUCGUGUCUUUGAUGGGAUACUGUGAUGAUCAAGGCGAGAUGAUCCUUGUGUAUGAUUACAUGCCACAUGGCACCCUCCGUGAUCAUCUCUACAACACUAAAAGUCAACCGCUGUCAUGGAAACGGAGACUAGAGAUUUGUAUCGGGGCAGCGCGUGGAUUGCAAUAUCUGCAUAGGGAGGCAAAGUACAGUAUCAUCCACCGCGACGUGAAGUCAUCAAAUAUACUGUUGGAUGAGAAUUACAUGGCCAAGGUGUCAGAUUUUGGUUUGUCGAAAUUGGGUCCCAUGAGCACGUCACAAACCCACGUCAGCACUGUGGUGAAGGGCAGUUUCGGGUAUGUGGACCCAGAAUAUUAUCGCCGGCAACAUUUAACGGAGAAAUCCGAUGUGUACUCUUUUGGUGUGGUAUUGUUUGAGGUGCUGUGCGGUAGGCCGCCGAUGAUCCAAGGCCUGUCAAAGGAGAAAGCGAGCCUGGUCCAUUGGGCCCGCAGUUGUUAUUUAAAAGGAAAGCUUGAUCAAAUCGUGGAUAGGAACCUAACGGACCAAAUUGCGCCCAUGGCCUUGCAAAAAUUUGGUGAGGUGGCGGAGAGAUGCGUGCGUGAUCAAGGAGUGGAACGGCCCAUGAUGAGUGAUAUUGUGUGGGCCCUAGAGUUCACGUUGCAACUUCAGGAGGCCGCAGACAAAGAAAUAAACGACAGGAAUGCGACCACCACUGAUGAAGAGCUUUUCAGUGGUUCAAGUAAGAACGUGGCAAAAUCUCCAAAGUCGACAAGUGAUAUUGCAUCUAGCAUUGCUAUAAGUGAUCAGAGCUCUGGAACCAAGAUCUCGGAGGGUGACACAAGCAGUCUUCUAUUAGGGAAUGACAAUUGAGAAGGGAAAGUCUGUUGAGCAGAAGAUGUUAAUCUGUAUGUAUACUUUCAUAUUGGCAUCAAUGGCACCUGGCUAUAAAAAAAUCUGUAACCUACCUGUAAAAGUUAUUUUUAUUUUAGAAGCUGCCAUCUAAGGUUGAUUAUGAGUAACGUUCAACUUACUCUAUUAAUUUGCGCACAUCCACACACCC